AUGCGAUUGUUGCUGCAGCUAGCUAUAGUAUGUUUGUAUGCAGGGGUGGCAGAGAGUGCCUGUCCCCACCUGGAGGCUGGGCUGGAGAACUGGGGAGACACAACUUCCUGGACAUCGGGUGUAUUGCCGAUUGAAGAUGACCAAGUUGUUAUUCCAUCAGGCAAGAAGCUCCUUCUGAACGUGUCCCCGCCCUGUCUGUCCUCCAUCACCAUCGAGGCUGGAGCAGCGUUAGUGUGGGGCGACGUGGACAACCUCAACGUCUGUGUCAGCUACAUCCUCAUCAGAGGCCGCCUCCAGAUCGGCAGUGAAGACUGCAGGUUCACCAGGAAAACUCACAUCAGACUUACAGGUGAAAGCAACUCCACGCUGUCUGUUUCUGGCUUUGGGAGGAAGUUCAUUGGCGUGGCUGCAGGAGGCACGAUUGAGGUACAUGGAGAAGAGAAGCCAUCAUGGACGAAGUUGAUCCAGACAGCUGAACCAAGCACCUGUGACAACCUGUUCAAUUUCCAGACAAGCGUAUUUCAGGCGGAGUCUUCCCGAGGUCUGUACGUGUCUGUGUUUAAUGAGGACAGCUCUCUGUGGGACUUUGUCGUGUUCAGGACUGGGGAGGACAUCGCUGCCGAGGAACUCAAAUUCCAGGAAUUUAUAGAAAGUGUUCCCCAAGACAAGAUUCUGGCAGUUGCUCUUCAAGGUGAACUUGGAACUGGUGACAUGACCGCUGUGUACACAACACUGGAGGCAGCUGGGGGUCUGACGUCAUCAGCUAUCAGGAGCGUCACAGGCAGACAAGCUUACGCCUUUAUCACAAUAACAGGUAAUAGUAGCACUACGCUAGAGAAGUAUGCCGCCAACCCCCUCGACGAAAAAAUUGUAGAAACAGGCUACCUAUCAGUUGACUUCAACGGGUUCCAGUUCAGAGUCAACAGCAAGGUGUUCUCCGAUCCGAAAAUGAGGAAAGGUGUCGACUUUAAGGUCCUCACACAAGAAGCCGCUUACCCUUGUCUUCAACUCAACGUUGACGUUUCCAAGUGGAGGGCCGGCGAUAAGAUCGUCAUAGCUUCAACCGACUUCGACUGGAGACAGGCUGAAGAAAUGACCAUCAAGAGUUGUCCUUCUUGUGCCGUCAACGAGAUCUGUCUGACAAAGCCACUGAAAUACAUGCACUAUGGGGAGGUAACUCUUGGUGUGGACGAGAGGGCGGAAGUGGGGCUGUUGAGUCGGAACAUCUUCAUAGAGGGCGUUAUACCGGAAGAGGGCUGCAGUACAUUCGGAGGUCAUAUCAAGGUUGUCAGAGGCUUCGAGGCUGCUCACAUCCAGGGUAUAGAGCUCUACCACAUGGGGCAGCAGCGAUUUCUGGGUACCUACCCGCUCCAUUUCCACAUGUGCGACGACGUGGACGGCAACUGGUUCCGUCACAACUCCAUCCACCACUCCUUGACGAGAUGCGUCACUGUCCACGGCUCCGAUGGCGCUGAGGUGUCUCACAAUGUGUGCUAUCUCCACCGCGGCCAUGGCUUCUUCCUGGAGGACAGCGCAGAGCAGAGGAACGUCUUCGACAGCAACCUGUGUAUCGGCACCAUGCACGGCACCCACAUCCUGUCCGACAUGAAGAAUAAAUGCGCCCUCUCCUCCUACUGGAUCACUCACCCCAACAACACCUUCAUCAACAACGUGGCCGCCGGCUCAGAUAACGUAGGAUUCUGGAUACUAGCCUCCAAGUUUCCCCUCGGACCCUCCCGACAACGCCAGGAAGAGAGGGGGCUAGUUCCAAAACUGCAUGCCAUGCAGACAAAGAUCAAGGAAUUCAGAAACAACACGGCUCACUCGAACGUCAAGAGAGCCCUGCGAAUCGAUCACCGUAUAUCUCAUGGAGAGGUGAAAGACGGCGUUUUUGUCCCCGAGAAUGGAGUAUUUAGUGGCACUAUAUCACACACACCAAGGGAUCCGCCGACAGAAACCAGAGGAUUUCUUGACAAAUCCUACCUCUAUGGGUUCACAGCAUACAAAAAUAACGACCUGAAUGUGUGGACGAAAGCUGGAAUCGUUAUCAUGAGUAACUUCACCCUGGCAGAUUCUAUGAGAGGCAUCACUAUGGCUGCAGGGACGUCUGAGACAUACGCUGAGAUUACGAACUCGCUGUUUGUUGGGGAGACGGACAACCUCGGGGAGCCCCAGGAACCCUUCGGCCGGUCAAGAUCAGGAAAUGAAAAUGAGCCUCUCCAAGGAGUGUUGUUCUACCAGGGUCCAGGCCACGUGACAAAUACCUUCUUCGACAAAUACGAGACGAAGAUGUCAGGAUCAGUGACCAGAUACGCAGGGGCCGUCAGCGUGAAGCGCAGCAACCCGUACCCCCCUAAAGCCAGCAGCCAUGUUGAGGGGAUCAAGUUCGGCUUCUGUGACGUGACUGAGGGCAACUGGGCCUUUAAGGGGGAUCCAUCUGUCCCUACAAUAAAGAACAAAGACGGCAACAGACAAAUCACCUUCAGGGACAUCGAUGGUGGCGUCUCCGGUACUCCGGGGACCCAGUUCGUGCCGAACACACGUUUCCACACCACCAACCAGUGUGACUAUAGGCCGGUCUCGAACUUCGCAGUGUGUCCCCAUGACUACGCUAAGGCUCUCUUUAGAGGAGACGGAGCUCUUAAAACAUUAGACAUGAACUACCCAAUGUACAUGCGCCGGGACGACAGACCUGAUGAUCCUUUUGCCCUAGAAGGUACUAAGGGAAAUAUCUACCUGGUUAUCAAGAAGAAAUCCUACACCGUGUAUUUUAACGGAACAGCUCCGACGAAACUACAGGUAUCUGCAGAAAAUCUAGAGAGUGGUGACUAUGUCAGACUCGGACUGUGCUACCCUAAAGACGUUACCAGCUUCACCUUCUCCAGUGGACUUCCUAAGAUAAAGUCUUCUACUCCUGCUUUCAACGUCAGCAGCAUCAGCGAUCUGGACAGCGACACCACCGGGAGGGCUUACUUCUGGGACAAGUCCACAGGGUUGUUGUUCAUCAAGAUAUACUCCAAUGUCGAUCGCGUUGAUGGCGAGAAGUGUCCAGGAUACAAGUGCCCGUCACUAACCAUCACCAGAACUGGUGGCAGUGAUGACCUCGUCGACUGCUACGACGACGCAUACAAUGGAGCCUACAACAAACCUGAAGAUGAUGCAGUGAAUAUACCCACGGCUAAAUCCUGCACCAAGACAACAUCAGAGGGCUUUGGUGCCGAGGUGGAGUCCAACUUCUUCAGUGCUGCACCUUCUACACCAGUGUGUCCAGCUGAUCCUGUACAUGAAGGUCGAUCAACACCCGAACUGAAAGGUUGCUACAAAGACAGUUUCAGCUUCAGAGAUAUCCCCCAUGCCUACAUCAAACUAGGCAUGUCCAUGACUGUCAGUGCCUGUGUAGAGAGAUGCUACUACCGGGGAUAUGUAUACGCUGCUCUGCAGGGCGGUACGGAGUGCAGAUGUGGUAAUAUGUAUGGAGGCUUUGGAACCAGCACCAUGUGCUCCAAACCCUGUUCAGGCAACAACACCGUCAACUGUGGAGGUUCCCUGGCUAAUGCUGUCUACACCACCGGCAAAGCUGCACCUUCGGCCAUGACCACGUGUCGGACCACAGGCGUGGUGAUUGACGGGAAGUGUUAUUACCUCACUUCCGGUACCUAUUCAUACGUGGAAGCUCAGGCACAGUGCGUCAAAGUUGGAGGGAACUUGGCCACCAUCAACUCAGAGAGUGUACAGUCUGAAGUGGAGCGCUACUUGAGACCCUUCAUGGCUGACGCGUGGUUCGGGCUUAACGACGUCAUCGAUGAAGGCACCUACGUCUUCGUUGAUGGUACAGCGCUUGGCAGUUACAUAAAUGUUAUGCCUGGUCAGGGCACGUCACGAGAUCAAGACUAUGGAGUAAGUUGUGGUCAUAACAACUACGGACAGCAACUGAACGGCGGCGACUGUUACCUCGUCAUCAACACGAACCACGUAUACAAAAGCGCCAAACACGCCUGCUACACCAGACGCGGCACUCUGGCUGAUGUAUCGAACGCUCAGACAUUGGAACACAUCUACUGCUUUGGACAGUCCAUGGACUACUGGGUUGAAAAGGAAGGAGAGGAGUUUAUCGGGUUGGAAAACACAAAGCUGUUCAGUAAGAAAGUGAUUAGAUUGGGAACCUCCAUCGGUGUCGUCUGUAAGAUCGGUGAGUAUAUAUACAUGUAUCUAUCGUCCAAGCCAGAGUAA